GCCGGAGCGGAGCGGGGCGGAGCGGGUGGCGGCGCGGGGGCGGCGCGGGGGCGGACGCACGCAGGAAGGACGGCAGUGGCUGGCAGAAGGCCUCACGCGCGGCCCUCGCGACUUGACCGCUCCUCGCCGCGACCGUCCGUGUGUUGCGAUGAAGGUAUAGAGCCCCCUUGCCCGUAGCGCGGUAGUGGUAUGACUUAGCUGUAAGUAGCGGCGCCGCCGGCCCGCAACACGGAGAACCUCUUGUAAGCUCAUAUAAUGCUAAAGUUACCCAAGGGCCUUAAAAAGAAGAAAAAGGGUAAAAAGUCGAAACGCAAAGGUGAAGAAGAGCUUUUUACUGAAGAAGAAUUAGAAAAAUAUAGAAGAGAACAUCAACAGACACAAUCUGAAGAAGGGUCCUCUAAAGAGAACGAAGAAUGGUCCAAGUUUAAAGAUUUAACGACUGGGGUUGACUCCGUUUUAAAGAAAACUCAGGGUGACUUAGACCGCAUAAAGUCGACUUCAUUUUUCCAGCGCAUACCAGCAGGACCUAAGGAAGUCAAACCAGUAGAGAAAAAAGCCCCGCAGAGGCCCUUUGUUGAAGUCACUGAAGCAGAUUUUCCUCAACUAAAGCAAGCUAGUGCUGAAGCUGACGACGGAGAUAAAAGUGAUUACGGCGUCACCGACGACGAAUCUGAGGAGGACGACCAAGACGACAUCUUUGACACUUCAUACGUAGAUGCGGUUGAAAGAGGGGAAGUGAAGUUAGCGUAUGUCCCAGAUUCACCAGAAGAUUUACAAGAUGACGAUAUCUUUGACACUUCACACGUUGAUGCAUUAAUAAAAGGACAAGAAACAAAGAGUGUCAAGGGUAAAAAAGUAUUAGAUAUCGGUGUCGCAGUUGAGGUUUUGACUGGAAGAAUCGAUAAUGUAACAAUCACUACAAAGAGACCGAAAAGAGUUAUACCAGGUGACCUACUGUUUGAAGAUAAGGAACAGGCUGCAGUUGCAAAGGUUGUGUGUAGUGAACAAUUGGAAAAAAGUAUUUUAGAUACUGAUGCGGAUAUACCGUUAACGAGUCCUAUAGAUUUGAGUGUUUCACUUCACACUUCAUUGAUAAAUCAAAAUAAAUCGAAUUUUCAAGAAGAUCAAAAUAGCUCAAAACUAGAUUUCUCGAAGAAUGAUAAAAAAGAUGAAGAAGAUGAAUUUGACGAAUUCACACAAUUAGCUACAGAAUCACUGGAAAGUGGCCAAGAAGUUCUUAAAUUACAAGAAAACGAAAUCAAGCUUGAACCAGUUCUACAAGAAUCAUGGUCUGCUUUUGAAGCUGAUAAAAACCAAUCCGUAUUUGCUGAAUGCAUUGUAGAGGACCAGAUUGAUGUAAUUGAUCCUUAUUUAGAUCAGGACGACCCAUUUGAUACAAGUUUCGCCGAUGCUGUGAUUCCUUCAACUCAGGUGGAACCUAAAAAGGAAGCAAUCAUCCUUGAAGAGGACGACGACUUUGACCCACGAGCGGAGGAAUUUAGAGGGCGAUUCAACAACAGAAGAAAAUCUUCUGUACGGAUUCAUCUGACAGAUCCUUCCGGAUUGAGAGAAUCCAUUACAUCGGAUGAUGUUAUCGAAAAUACCAAAGAAGAUAAUCAGAAAUCACGUGAUUUAUUAGGAGGCAGUACUACUGAUUUAACACAGCUUGGGGAUUCACCACUAAACCCAGUUGAUAUAAAUAACGUUGAUGAUAUUGAUCCAUUUGAUACUACAAUAGUUGAUAAAAUUGUAGCACCUGGGAAAGUUGAAUUAAAACUUCUAGAGCAAGAAUUAAUCGGAAAUUCGACACCAAUAUAUCGAGUACCCAGUGAUCCUGAUUUUGACCCUCGUGCUGACGAACCGCUAAAGGUUGAAAGGCGUGCCUCUAGGCCAGAAAAUCUUGUUGUCAGCAAGAGUGUAGUGUUUAAUGUUGAUUCAGAAGAUACGAUCACAUUAGAUCCCAAAAUAAAAUCUACUAAACCUUUGACGCCAUAUUACACGCGCAAUAUUUCAAUCACAGAAGAAAUCAACGAGGAAGCUGAAGCCAACGACGUUGUGCCUGAUACUCUUACUCGCACGCGUUCUGAUGAGGAAUUAACACCAAAACCAAAUUACCAAAAUAAAAGAAGGCAUUCAGAAAAUCCUCAGACUAAUUUUACUAAGGCUAAUUUAAAAUCUACUGAUCUUUUGCAAAGUGGACAAAACGAUAUUCCAGUCAAAAUAUUGACACCAUCAGAGCCACAGCAAACUACUAAUAUUAUCGAAAGUGAUCCAUUCGAUACUUCUUUUGCAAGUAACAUAGAACCAAGUAGAACCGAACUAAAAUUAUUGGCAAAAGAAUUUUCCUGUGAAGAAUCUCAGUUUGAGACUGAUAAGAAGCCAGAUUUACUAGAUCCUUCUGACGAUAUAUUUCAAGUGAAAGCACUUACUCCAGAACCUUCUGACGCUGCAAAAUUACCCGAAGGAGAUUUUGAUCCCUUUGACACUUCGUUUGCUAGUGAUCUUAAUCCUGGACGAACUGAACUGAAACUAUUGGAGUCGGAAUUUUUGAAUUAAUAUUUAAGUGAUCACUGGAAAAAUGGCUUUCAAUCCUUUCUUGAGUAUGAACGAACCGGCAGCACCUGUUGCUGCCGACGUACUCAACCCUUUUAUGAUGUCUGAUCCUGAACCUGAUACCUUUACGGGAGAUAAUCCAUUUGCGACUAGCAAUCCAUUUUCUGAUUUUGGUGGAGGGUAUGAACCACCCGCUGGCGACACCGUACCCGUCGAUAUUUUUGGUACUGUUGAUCCUCCGGGAAUAGGUGCAAAGCAAUACGAAGAAUUCACUACACAAUCAACAGCUACCUUUGAUAUUUUCGGAUCACAGUCUACACCCGCGGAAGGCGAACGCCUAGUCAAACCUACAGAAUUGGAUUUAAUCACAACAACGACGGAGGACAGUUAUGUAAAUGACAGCGAUGCACAGGGACUACAGCAACCGUCCAGACCUCUUCCGCCUGAAACGCAAAAUUUGAUAUUAAGCGUCACGGGCCAGAUGGAAUUUACGAGUUCACACUUGUUGGACCGCAUUCCUCCAACGCGGACUCCGAGUCCAGUUUCAGUCAGAGACAUACAUUCGUCAUGUCCUACGCCUGAACCAGAGGCACUAGAAGAGCCAGCGGUUGUAGACACGUUUGAUAUAAAUUGCAACAAACCAGCGCGGCCACCACCCGCCCGCCCCCCGCCCGUGGCCCGUCCGCCGCCGCCCCGCCCCGCGCCGCCACCCGUGCCUCCUGCUCCGCGGCCAGCACCUCCUGUUCAACAACAACCACAAGAUGACAUCAACUUAUUUGAUGCGCCCGCACCUUCUGCAGUAAAACCGACGAAAGAAGCCAUUCUAAGUUUGUAUUCGGCACCAAAAAAAGAAGAAAAGCAAGUAGAUUUUUUGAGUGACGACUUCUUAGCCGAUAUUCCACCAGCUGAAAACUCUACCGAAGUACAGUCACAAGUGCUUACAAGUAGCCCACAGAUUACUAGUGAAACUAUUGUACCGUCUACAACGGCAAAUGUUUUCGACACCAUUUCAGAAGACUCACCUACAAAAGCUGGUAACCCAAUGAUGGACAUAACUUCACCCAUGGAUUGUUCAGAACCUCCAUUCGAUACAAACGGUGCAGUAAAUAGUUCUUCUCCGUUUGCAGAUGUGGCAAGCGAUGAUUCUACACAACAUGUGAAUGGUAGCGAAAAAAAUCCUUUCGAGGAUAUUGCAGUUACCGACACCACAAGUGGCUUUAUGGACACCAGCAGUAACAUAUUUGGUAUAAGUUAUGCUGAAACUGCAAUUGCUAGUUCAGACACUACGGUGACAGCACCAACAGAUAUUUUUUCAACGGAGCCUGUGGAAGGUGUAAUGACACCAGCAGAAGCUUUCAAGUCCUCGCCGGCUGAUGAAUUUCAUCAAACUCAGCCAAUGCAGACCACUGAUGUAUUCGCGACUUCACAGCUUGACACUGAAGUCGAUACGGGUUGGGGUGAACCUGCAACAGACGCGACGAUGCAUGAUGCUUUUCCAGAAUCACAAGACGCAUUCGAUGCUUUUUCUGCUAAAUUCGAUUCUACGUCAGCUAACCAUUUAAACACAGGAGCGUGGGGUGAAGAAGGCAGCGUGGCGGCAACUGUCGACGGAUUUGAGGCAGAGGCAUUUGAUCCGUUCCUGAGUAUGGGGGCACCGCCACCGCCCGCAGCCACACCACGCCUGGACCACCAGGGUUCCAAGGAUUCCGCUGACGACUCAUUUUCCGUUUUCAUAAGGCCAAAAGAGAAUGAUAGCAGCGGCGUGGAAGCCGCUGUGCCCGCUCUGGCGCCCCCGCCGCGGCCGCAGGCGCUGCCCGAGUCGCCACGUGCCAACCCCUUCGACAAGAGCGGCUUCGAACAACCCUCGCAGCAAAAUUAUCAAGAGGAGUCGCGGCGACACAGCGGCAGCGGCGCCGAGACCCCGCCCACGCCGUUGUUCGACGACGAUGUGUCCAUGCCACUGGAGGACUUCCCGCGAACCAUAUACAAGGGGCCCGGCUGGGAGAUGCAACUCCGGCAGCCCAACAAGAAGAAAAUCACUGGCCAGAGGUUCUGGAAGGCGGUGUUCGUGAAGCUGGCGUACCAGGGCGACAACCCCGUGGUGCAGCUGUUCAACUCGGCGACGGACAAGGAGCCCUUCCAGGAGCUGCCGCUGCAGGCGUGCUACUCCGUGUCGGAGAUCGGCGCACAGCAGUACGACCAGUACGGCAAGAUAUUCACCGUCAAACUGCAGUACGUCUUCUACAAGGAACGUCCUGGUGUCAGGCCUGGACAAGUGACGAAGGCUGAACGCAUCACCAACAAGCUGUCCCAGUUCGCGGCGUAUGCCAUCCAGGGCGACUACCAGGGCGUCAAGGAGUUCGGCAGCGACCUGCGCAAGCUGGGCCUGCCCGUCGAACAUGCUCCACAGGUGUCGCAGCUGUUUAAGCUGGGCUCGCUGACGUACGAGGACGUGAAGCAGUUCUCGUGCUGCGUGGAGGAGGCGCUGUUCCGCCUGCCCGCGCACCGCGACCGCGCGCUCACCUACAAGAUGGAAGAGGUUCAGAUCACGGCCGUGGAUGAGCUGUACGUAGAGCAGGACGCGGAGGGCUGCGUGUUAAAGCAGAUCGCGCGAGUGCGUCUUUUCUUCCUGGGCUUCCUUAGUGGCAUGCCGGACGUGGAGCUGGGCGUGAACGACCUGCGGCGGCAGGGGCGCGAGGUGGUGGGCCGGCACGACAUCAUCCCCGUCGCCACCGAGGAGUGGAUCCGGGUCGAGGACGUCGCCUUCCACGCCUGCGUGCAGCCCGACGACUUCCACAGCACGCAGAUAAUCAAGUUCAAGCCCCCGGACGCGUGCUAUAUCGAGCUGAUGCGAUUCCGCGUGCGCCCGCCCAAGAACCGCGAGCUGCCGCUACAGCUGAAAGCCGUGUGGUGCGUCACCGGGAACAAGGUGGAGCUCCGCGCGGACGUGCUGGUGCCGGGGUUCGCGUCGCGUAAGCUGGGGCAGGUGCCGUGCGAGGACGUCGCCAUCCGAUUCCCCAUCCCCGAGUGCUGGAUCUACCUGUUCCGCGUCGAGAAGCACUUCCGAUACGGAUCCGUCAAGUCCGCGCACAGACGUACCGGCAAGAUCAAGGGCAUCGAGCGGUUCCUGGGCGCCGUGGACACGCUGCAGGAGUCGCUCAUCGAGGUGACGUCCGGACAGGCCAAGUACGAGCACCAGCACCGCGCCAUCGUAUGGCGCAUGCCUCGGCUGCCCAAGGAGGGGCAAGGCGCGUACACGACCCACAACCUGGUGUGCCGCAUGGCGCUGACGUCAUACGAUCAAGUGCCGGCCGCGCUGGCGCAGUGGGCGCUCGUGGAGUUCACCAUGCCCGCCACGCAGGUGUCCCACACCACCGUGCGGUCCGUGUCGCUGCAGAACCACGACGCGGACCCGCCCGAGAAGUACGUGCGCUACCUGGCCCGCCACGAGUACAGGGUGGGCAUCGAGCGUACAACAGGGUCGUCGGCGCCCGCGUACGAGAGCGCCGCGGCCGUGCCCCCGCCGCCCUGCGCCCCCGCCGCCGCGCCCGCACCCGCCCCCGCACCCGUACCGGCCGCGCCUUCUUCUGACUCUGACUCGGACUAAACAUCAACUUGCGACACCAACGCAACCUUAGAUUAAAACAAAAAGGGUAGAUACGGUACGCUCAUACUUGCAUCAAACAAAAACUGAUCCCAAGGCAGCGCGAACGGGACCGUUCACUGCAUUACUGACCCGAACGAAACACCACGUUAAGUUUCAACGGCAGCGCGAACGAGACGGCGAGAUCCGCGGCACUGCACUACCGACCAUUCACGCGACUACUACUCAACGUCACUACCGAAUAAGAUUCAAAACAAACAGCAAUUUUUAUGAAGAAAUAUGUUUUAAAGUACUUACGAAUGAAAAGUGAUGCCGUGGGCUUUAUUUUUAGUUCUUGAGCAAUUUGAGCACUUUUUAAAAACACACUUAGGCAUUGUUUUAUCAUAUAAACACAAAAUAUUAGUAAUAUUUCUUUUUGGCGUUCACAUGUACGUCGUUUGCAUGUCAAGUUGUGACUAAAGCGAUUAGGGUCGUGGACCACAAUUCAUGCGGAUCACUUUUGUGAGGCUAGUGCCGUAUCUACCCUUUUUGUUUUAAUCUAAGAACGCAACACAGCAGACGUCCGCGCACCACCGCGAGCCCGGCUGCCGCCCCCGCCCCUUCUUCUGGCUCUGAAUCAAAAUAGACCGGUGAGACCGCAACGCGACUGAGCGACUUCGCAGAGAGAGGGCCUUAAAUCCAAUUAAGGCAAGACGAGUCACCCGUUUACAAAGAAUAAGCACAUUUUGACAAGUCAUCAACCAGAGAAAAAUCGUAAGGCCCUAGGCGCCAUAUUUUAAAAUAUGCUCCCCUUGGAGGACUCCUUCGUUGCGCCGCGCCGAGUCCUUCGCACCUCCAAAUCCGGCCCUGACCCUGCGUGCCGCACGCAUAUGAGCUGCCGCCGUCGCCCCGCGCCAUCCUCCGACUUCGACUCGGACUAUAUUGAUGCAUCCGACGAGAUCUUCUGGCACUUUUCAACAUUAACAGGAGGGUGUUGCCGGUGAAUAGGUGAAGUGAACUCCUUACUAAAGAUAAAGUUAUAGUUUACGAUAACUCGAAAAGAGCAAUAGGAAAUAUAAAAGGGUUAUUUACACCUUCCUCUAUAAGAAAGGUUUAUAAAUACCUUUUUAAAUUACUUCCGAUUUUGGCCACGCCCCGCUACAACUUGGUCACAACCGUAACCAAAUUGUACACAAUCACCGAUGAACCGUGGAAUAAACAUUGGCAACAUUUUGUUUUCAUUAAUUUUACAUACACUACUGAAGUAACCGGAUAGAACAGGCUGUGUCGUUUUAAAAAUAAAAAAACACCGAAAAUGAAUCCGUCGAAUAGCAAGUUUAAUGUUUGUUUCGUCCUUAGUUGAACUUAUUUGUGAAGGUAUGUAUAUAAUAGUUCAAAAGUAAUCGAAAUUAAUAAGUAAUUCUACAAUUAUUACUUCCUCAGCCAAUAAAAUGUAUAUAACUACGGUAUUGCUAUAUUUCAAUUUUAUCUUGUCCGGUGAUAUCCGAUCCUGUAACCGGGUCGAAGUAAGCACCUAAGUUGGAGGCAGCAUUCGUUAUUGAGCUCGAUAUUGUGUUGUUAUUAAAUUUGAAGAAACUACAUAGUAACGGCGUAGAUUCACAAAAUAUCAACGUUAAAGGCAAAAUCAUAUUAAGUACUUAAGUGUUAGCUACGACUGCUACGGCUUGGGGGUGUAGCCUACUAAGUACUCCAUUUAAAGAAGCAAUGUUUUAUCCUAAGUUGUUGCUUCAUUGAUUUAAGUGAUAUUUAUUUACAUAUCGAUAUAAUAGUGUGUCUAAUAUUUAUGUGUAGAUAAAAUUGAUCGUCCUAUUACAAAAAGGGAUAAAAUGCCUAAUAAAUUACACAUUUUAUUUUAACAUCCACCAAGGAAAAAUUAAAUAUUUUACCAAAAAACCUUAAUGUAUGUAAUUUCUAAUACUUUCCGUAUUAGAAAGCUAAAAUUUAAUGCUUUUUUGUAAUAAGAUUGAAAAAUAAUGAGAAAGGACGCAAGUCCACCGAGUACUAUCUAGUCAUAAAGGUAACUCUAGUCGAUAAUACUUUAAAAACUCCAUAUUAGCGAUGAUAAGGAUGGAGCACUCUAAGAAAAAUACUAAUAUUAAGGUAGGCAUUGUCAGAGACAAUAAGAAUCGGUGAUGUGCAAAAACGAGGCACAUCAGGGCUUAAAUGCUUAUAAUCUUUUGGAGUGCUAUCAAAGGCAUCUAUUUAACUCAUUCCCAGGAAAUAUGGAGCGCCAGAACCGACGCGAAAACUGAUUGCAAAAUAUAUAUAUAUUUACAAUGAGCGUGUGUAUAUAGACAAGAAUGUUGAUGAAAGUAAUACUGCGGGCCUCUGUACCGUGGUAAUAAUAUAGACACAAUAUCUUAUUUUAGCAAUGAAUUGUAGGCUUUCCGCUAUUAUAAGAAAUGCUUUUUGUGACAUACCAAUGAUGAAAAUUAAUAUUUAGUAAAAAUUUGAAUGGUUCGAAGAGGGAAGGAAGUGAUAUAAAGCUUUUUUCGUGAGAUUUGUAUAAUUAAAACGGCGACCACAAUGUAAUGAAUUGGCUGUUAGGGUUUUGGCAAUAAUUCCCUGCAUUUGUAACAUAGCGACCAUACCUAGAGCUGGUGAUUCGGUUCGAGCCAACAUAAUAUAUCUAAUAAAUAAAUCGUGUACCUAUUUAUUGUGUAAUAAAAUACACUUUAGGUGUGUUACUCGUAGCACAAAAAAUUUCCAUGAAUUUAAGGAGGUUCGUAAAGUGUUGCUACGUUAUUGAUAGACGUAAUGUAUUCUUGUUUGAGUAUAAUACUGUGCUUAUAGUUAGUGUUUCGAACAAUUUAUACGGAAUAGAAAUGUGUAUUUUGAUUAUUAAUGAAACUUAAUCGCUAUAAUAUAGUGUGGAAGUGACAUUACCUAUUGUAUCUCCAUUGCAUAAUGUGUAUGGCUAUCUACAUAAAAUUAUAUAGAUGUUACUGCUAUAAUAUUGUUCGUGAACGAAAGUUCACUUUAUAUUCGAAACAUAAUUAAAACAGGAAACAAUAAAGUAUUACCUGCGUUGUCCGAUGGAUGUCUGCGAGUGGAUGCCACCCUAGAGGUAGAAAAUGUAAAAAUCAAUAAGAAUAAAGGAAUUCUUGUACCUAAUACUCUAUUAAUGUUAAGCUAAACUUAUAAUAAAGGAGAAUAAAGCUAUAUGAUAUGUUCACUGAUACAGAUCACACGUUUGUUUGUAUGAUAAAUUUAUGAUAUUAGGCUCUGUUGAGAUGUGUUGCAUGUACCCAGUACCUACAGUGGACCCUGUUCUGUUGUUAAUAAAAUUAUUAUGACUGUGACCCUUUUAUUACUUAUAUUGUCACUGCCGUGUCAUUUUCCUUUUC